AGGAAUAAAGCGGGAGUUGCUGAGCUUCCCGGCUCCAGUUCGUGAGCAGAGGAGUGGGGACGGGAAGGAGAGGAGAGCUUUCUGAGUGGGCAACUCUCCCACGCCCCUGCACGGAGCUCCCUGCUGCUUUGCUGCCGAGAACAGCCCGCUGUCUCCCUUUCCGAGCCGGGACAGAAGGUGUUGAAGAUGUUCAGGAGGGGACGGGUGACUCACUGAGAGAGCGGUGUUCCUGAAGAGCUCAGAGGACACGAUGCUGUUGCCUCGCGUCUCCAGGGUCCUACUACCCACCUGCUCCUCGCCUUGGUGAGCCCGGUUUGGCCUUGUCGUCCCGAGAAAUGGAGAGUCCGAGUGGGGCUGGAUUUGAAGCUCACUCCCCUCGGGGCAAGGGGUGUCUGUGAGAGGCAGAAAGGGAGGGGGCGUUAAAGGGGACUUAUCCACCCCCUCCGUCUCCCCACCACUUCGCUCUGGACAGUGGGGAGGAAUAAGCAUGGAUGUAUCCAACAGCUCGUUGCAGUGGGGCAACAGGAGCGAAGGGCAUCUGCCCCCUGGAGGGGUAUCCGUAUUCAGCAUCCUGGCCCUGACGCUGCUGGCUGGCCUGGUGCUGGCCACGCUGCUGUGGAACGGCCUGGUGCUGGUCACCAUUCUGAGGGUGCGCGCGUUCCACCGAGUCCCACACAACCUAGUGGCCUCCAUGGCGGUGUCGGACGUGCUGGUGGCGGCGCUGGUCAUGCCCCUGAGCCUGGUGCACGAGCUGCACGGGCGUCGCUGGCUGCUGGGCCGGCCACUCUGCCAGCUGUGGGUCAGCCUGGAUGUGCUGUGCUGCACCGCCAGCAUCUGGAACGUGACCGCCAUCGCCCUGGACCGCUACUGGUCCAUCAGCCGGCACCUGGAGUACACAGUGCAGGUUCGGCGCCGCCUCUCCAACCUCAUGAUCGGCCUGACCUGGGCGCUGUCCGCUGUCAUCUCCCUCUCGCCGCUGUUCGGCUGGGGGGGCAAUGCCUACUCGGAGCGAGACGGCCGUUGCCAGGUCAGCCAGGAGCCCUCCUACACCAUCUUCUCCACCUUUGGCGCCUUCUACCUGCCCCUCUGCGUGGUGCUCUUUGUCUACUGGAAGAUCUACAAGGCUGCCAAGUUCCGCAUUGGCUCCCGCAAAGCCAACACCGUCAGCCCCAUGCCCCAAGUGGUCGAGGUGAAAGAGGCGAGCCAGCAACCUCAGAUGGUGUUCACUGUGCGACACGCCACGGUCACCUUCCAGACUGAUGGGGAUACCUGGCGGGAGCAGAAGGAGAAGAAGGCAGCGCUGAUGGUCGGCAUCCUGAUCGGGGUCUUCGUGCUGUGCUGGAUCCCAUUCUUCAUCACCGAGCUGAUCAACCCGCUGUGCUCCUGUGACAUCCCGCCCAUCUGGAAGAGUAUCUUCCUCUGGCUGGGCUACUCCAACUCCUUCUUCAACCCCCUGAUCUACACCGCCUUCAACAAGAACUACAAUAACGCCUUCAGGAACCUCUUCUCCCGGCAGAGGUAGAGCUUUGGCCGGCUGCUGUCACAGCCUUCUGUCCAGUUUGAGUCAAGACUAAUGAACACACACACAACACACACACACACACAGACCGAGAGUGCAUGGCCAAUAUGAAACAAAAAAGCUGCAGUGAUUUGGAGAUGCCGGUGUUGGACUGGGGUGUACCAAGUUAAAAAUCA